AUGGUGGCAGUGACAGCAGGGAUCCGCAAGCCAGAACCCCGGCCGGCAGUGACGUGCACCCACAGUCUGGGAAACCAGCGGAGAGACAUGCACCAAAGCCACCCACAAAUCCUCUCCAAUGCCAAGGCCGCCCUUGGUCUCCAAUCCAGUCAGCGCGUCCUUUGGGACCCCCUCAGUCCCCCGUCCAGCCAGUUGGUGCCGCUGCCCCCAGCCCAGCCCCAGCCUCGCCUCGAGGACGCUCCCCAUUUCCUAAGGAGGACCGAUGGCACCUCACCAAGCAGCAAGAGCACACCCAGCCCCUCCAAGCCCUUUGCCCCCCACCUGCCCACGCACCGGAGGAUGCUCGUUGAUCCUGACAGUGGUAAAUGCUACUACAUGGAGCCACCGCGGCAGCCCCAGCUGAAAACGCUCUACGACCCCGAGACGGGUCAGUACCUGGAGAUUGAGGAGCAGCUGCGCAAGGCAGAGGGGAAGGUGGGCAGGAAGGCGCUGGGCGAGGCUGACUACAUGGAGGUGCUGGAGAGGAGCUGCUCGCAGGGCUGGGAGAGCCAAGGGCCACCUUCCAGCCCGCCGCCCCACGCCACGGCCCAGGUGGUGACUAAAGUCCUUCCCAUGGCCAUAAAACCCCGUGCGGUGACAUCGCUGCCGGGACCGCGUCGCUGGAGGAUGGGGACCCGCUCGGGAAACCUGGCUCAGCCCCAGAACGGGAGCUCAGCUCUCGCCCCCGCUGGGCCCCCGCAUCCCCCUGGGAAGGAGCUGCCGGCAGCGGGCGUCCAGACCUUAAAGAUGUUCCCGAUCAUCCUGGCCAUCAUGGUGGUGUGGCUGCUCUGCUACGUGCUGACAUGCACCAGCGUCUUCCCCAGCCAGCCCGAGGCGUACGGCUACAAGGCCAGGACGGACGCCAGGGGGGAGAUCCUGUCCGUGGCACCCUGGUUUCGGGUCCCCUACCCCUGUGAGUGCCUGGCAGCCCCACGAUGCCUGGGUGUUGUCCCCCUCCACCACUUUGCCUGAGGGAUGCGGGGACUCGGCGUAGCAUUGCUGGUGCUGGGGAGCACCGGUGGGGCCCAAAGAGGCACCAGGGUGCCAGGUCCCAGGGUGCCCCCCACCCUGACAGCCCGCUGGACCGGCUGGGUCGUGUUGUUCCCCAGGGGCAUUUUCACCGAAGGCAUCUCCUGCAUCAUCGCGGGGCUGCUGGGAACUGGCAACAGCUCCACCUCCUCCAGCCCCAACAUCGGCGUUUUGGGGAUCACAAAGGUGGGGAGCAGGAGAGUGAUUCAGUACGGGGCUGGCAUCAUGCUUCUCUUGGGGACCAUCGGCAAGUUCACGGCGCUGUUUGCCUCCCUGCCCGACCCCAUCCUCGGUGGGAUGUUCUGCACCUUAUUCGGCAUGAUCACGGCCGUCGGCCUCUCCAACCUGCAGUUCGUCGACAUGAACUCCUCCCGCAACCUCUUCGUGCUGGGCUUCGCCAUGUUUUUCGGGCUGACGCUGCCCAACUACCUGGAUUCCCACCCCAAGGCCAUUAACACAGGUGUCCCCGAGCUGGACCAGAUACUGACGGUGCUGCUGACGACAGAGAUGUUCGUUGGGGGGACCAUCGCCUUCAUCCUGGACAACACCAUCCCAGGGCUACCCGGCAGCUGA